AAGAUCGGGCCAUUGGAAAAUAAGCUUUAGAAAUCGUCAUCCGAGGAUUACCCCUGUCGUCCCCUCCAGCCUCGUACAUUCGACAUCACUUCAGGUCAAGCAGCAGUACAAUGGCUCCGCAACUCCCCAAGGAAGUCGUCGCAGCUAUCGAGCUCGCAAUCAAUACAGCAAAUUCCCAAGGCAAGCGCCCAGACCUCAAAGCCAUCGCCGCAAUCUUCAACACCACCUACGAAUCCGUGCGCUUCAUCCACUGCCGCAUAAGGACUAUCAACGCUACUGGCACUUAUAUUAAGAAGAAACCAGGCCCGAAAGCGCUAAGAGGGGCGGAUCAGGAUGAGAUUGAGCGGAGUGUAAGGGCGGUGGUGGAGAGCAAUGCGGAGAUGGAGUUGAAGGAGGUGGUGAGGGCUGUGAAGGAGAGAACCGGGGUGGAGCUAGGGACGACUACGAUGUCUCGGUUUAUCAAGGCGAGAGGUAUUCCUUUUAUUGGGGGGAAAGGGGGGCCGAAGGGGAAUGGUGGUAGGGGCAGGCCAGGGCCAAGGAGAAGGAGGAAACCUGGACCGGAGGCAGAAUCCGUGGAGAGGCAGCAGGCUGGGACAAUAUUCGAAGCGUUGGGAGCUGAGAAUAGGACGACAUAUAGCAGUCCAUAUGCGUCAACACUAUCUGAUCAGAAUGCUGUCGAUCUGCUUAGGAUUUACGGCCGGCCUGAACAAGAUUAUGCUGCUUAUGGCACUUACUCAUAGCAUGGAUGAGAAGCGGAAGCAUAUGUGCAUAUAGGUCAGUGGGUGGCUUGGAGCAGUGAGGCGUCUUAUGGAGAUAGACCCGGCAGUUUUUGGGCCUGUACAUAAUACCCCCGAAAUAUCUUUAGAGAUUGAUCUUUCUU